AUGUCUACUAAUACAGAACGCGAUGCACUUAUAUCUUCAUAUUCUCACUUAAAAGGAAUGAAACGGGAAGCUGAAGCACUUAAUUCUCUCAAGAAAAUUGCGUCGUUAGUCAAACCUAUUAUGAGAGCACGUCAUUGGCGCGUAGGUACUUUAACAGAAUUCUACCCAGACCAGCAAAAUCUACUAGGUCUUAAUGUAAAUAGAGGGCAGAAAAUAUGUCUACGGUUGAGAUAUCCUGGAGAUCAAAAUCAAUUUCUGCCGAUAGAACAGGUGGUGGAUACAAUGCUUCAUGAAUUAUGCCACAACGAGAUCGGACCUCACAAUCAAGAAUUUCAUGCUUUAUGGGAUCAACUACGGAAGGAACAUGAAGGUCUGAUAGACAAAGGAUAUACUGGAGAAGGUUUCCUGUCAGAAGGAAAGAGUUUGGGUGGACGCAGAGUACCACGACACGAAGCAAGACGUCUAGCCCGCAUAGCUGCAGAGAAACGACGGAACUCUCUCAAAGGAUCGGAUCAGAAGCUGGGAGGUCGGCCAGUGCCAUAUGGUACCGAUAUUCGGAAGGUUAUCGUAGAUGCGAUCGAGCGCCGAAACAAAGUGCUUAAAGGUUGUGGAGAGAGCAGGAUGAAUCCUAUCGAGAUCAGAGACUUGACCGAUGAAGCUACACACAAUGGAUUCAAAACCGUAGCAGAAGAAGAUUUAGCAAACGAGGCAGCAAUUGCUCAAGCUAUGUGGGAGCUUGUUCAAGAAGAUCAGAAGAUGGAGUUUGGAGACCUUUAUAUUCCUCCUUCUGUCCAAAACCCUGCGGGAACUAGCGGUGGUAAUGUUGGGGGGCGGGCAUUGGAUGAAAAUUCCAAGUCUUCGUCUGAACAACCUUUAGCUAGACGACCUGCAACUUCGACUUUGACCUCGGCCGGCUUGGAAACAUCUCGACAGCCUUUGGGCCAUGUCAGUCGUCUAGUGCUCGAAAAUUCGAACAAGUCAAAAUCGUCGCCAAAACCAAAAGAUCCUCAAAACGAACCAGCACAAGGACCAGUAUACUCCGCACCUACCUUGACAGGAUGGACAUGUACUAUAUGUACACUUCACAACCCGAUCGACUUUUUGUGCUGCGAUGCCUGUACUACUGAGAGGCCAGAAAGCAUUACGAAACAGAUUGAUCGAAAUUCUCUGAGAAAAGCCGCAGCUAGACCUCUUCCGCCCCAACCACAAAUGUGGACUUGUCGAUGGUGCAGCACCAAAAUGGAAAAUCAAUGGUGGACUUGCUCUACUUGCGGGAAAAUGAAAGAAAGUUCAUGA